AUGGAUGGUUGUGACUAUUCCUCGAAGCCUGGGAAGAAUGAACAGUUUGGCUUCAUGUGCGCCAUUUUACCACGUUAUACUAUAGAUGUCAGAGCAAAUGUUCUCUUAGAAAGCCUAAAAUAUUCCUAUGAUGAAGACAAGUAUGACGUUACUAUGCAGGCUCUUUCUCCACUUCACAUUUAUGCUCCGUGGACAACUACAUCGCAACCUGUAACGAAGAGUUUAAACCUGUUUGAUGGGUAUAAAUCUAGUUUGAAGGCUAUAAAGAAGCAUCUUGUCUCUCAGUGUAAUAAACAUUUUGGUCAGCUACCUACUGGAGUAGAAGGAAAAAAGAGAGUCGAGACCAAAUUGCCAUCGUUUGUUUGGACUCAUAUUGGAAAAACCGAUGUACUGCCGACCGUUAAUGGGAAUGUUCAUGUUAGGAUAUUUUUGUCUAAAAAAUUGCACAAAGUCUCUACACCUACAAGAAGAAAGUAUGUUCCAAGGGAUCAAACCCCUAAAAAGACCCAGUUCGCGCCACCAACUUGGCAAGAUUAUUCAAUGGAGGAAAAGUUUCAGCGGGUACUUACUACUACACCUGUACUUAUUAAAUCGCAACCUGAGAAAAUUAUGGAUGAUAAGUUAUCCAUAAAUGAGGAACAAGAAAUUAAGGAUAAAAUCAGAGCCUGGUCUCAUACACAGACUGGAAAAUUGAAGGACAUAAGGUCCCUAUUAUCAACUAUUGAUGAAGUGAUAUGGGAAGAUGCAUCAUGGAAGACCAUGCCAAUGAGUAUGUUGGUUGGAGACAAAGAUUCUAUAAAAAAGUACUAUAGGUUUGUCUAUAUAUACUAUAUACAAUAUUCUUAG